GCUUCUCCCCCAGAGGUCUGGGUGCCUGCGUGGGGCUCCCGCUGCCGCCGCCAGGCCCCGCACGGUUCCCCGCCCCUGAGCCCCGGGAGCGAGUGCAGCCGUCCCCCGAGGAAAGACGAGAAAAUGCCUAAGAAAAAGACUGGUGCGAGGAAGAAGGCUGAGAACCGCCGGGAACGUGAAAAACAACUCAGAGCCUCCCGAAGCACCAUUGACCUAGCGAAGCAUCCCUGUAAUGCUUCAAUGGAAUGUGACAAGUGUCAGAGGCGACAGAAGAAUAGAGCAUUUUGCUACUUUUGUAAUUCUGUACAGAAGUUACCAAUUUGUGCACAGUGUGGGAAAACCAAGUGUAUGAUGAAGUCCUCAGACUGUGUCAUAAAGCAUGCUGGUGUCUACAGUACUGGCCUCGCGAUGGUGGGAGCAAUCUGUGACUUCUGUGAGGCGUGGGUUUGCCAUGGAAGGAAGUGUCUCAGCACCCAUGCCUGCGCCUGUCCCCUGACUGAUGCCGAGUGUGUGGAGUGUGAGCGCGGCGUGUGGGACCAUGGUGGCAGAAUAUUCAGUUGUUCUUUUUGCCAUAACUUCCUCUGUGAAGAUGAUCAAUUUGAACAUCAAGCAAGCUGCCAGGUUCUAGAGGCAGAAACAUUUAAAUGUGUUUCUUGCAAUCGGCUGGGCCAGCAUUCCUGUCUUCGUUGUAAGGCAUGUUUCUGUGACGAACAUACCCGGAGCAAGGUGUUCAAACAAGAGAAAGGAAAGCAGCCUCCCUGUCCCAAAUGUGGGCACGAAACCCAGGAGACGAAAGACCUCAGCAUGUCAACCCGUUCCCUGAAAUUUGGCCGGCAGACUGGAGGUGAGGAGGGUUAUGAAGCUUCUGGCUAUGACGCAUACUGGAAGAAUCUCGCAUCUAACAAGUAUGGUGAUACCCGCUACCAGGACGAGGAUGAGGAUGAGGAUGAAGCAGAAGAUGAUGACGAGGAAGAUGAGGGGGGGAAGGAUUCUGACGCGGAGUCAUCAGAUUUGUUUACCAGCUUGAAUCUAGGAAGGACUUAUGCCAGCGGCUAUGCUCACUACGAGGAACAGGAGAGCUAGGCGAGCUGCUGGGGGAGGUGCUGUGUGCCAUGUGUGCGCUGGAUGAAACCUGUGGGUUCCAAAGUAGUCACUAGGCCUGUGCAGAAGACUAGCCGUGCUUAAAGGGGUAGGAGCCGGGGAGAGCAGUUUUUAUAGGAACUCAUAGUCAGACUUAUAAGAAAAAAUUGAGUUCCAGUGUAAAUUCUUACUGAUUGAAGCAUCAUGAUCACUAUUGAUUUCUGUAGUCUAGUAGUGGGUCUUGUCAAAGAAACCCAUAUACAGGAUAAAGGAAUAGGAUGCUAAUAUAUUUGAAUUUAAAUUGCUCUCUUUAUAACAAAGCAUCACUUAUCAAUUCAUUGUCUAGUUUUAUAAAAUGUAAUGGAUAAAAUGAAUUGCUGUAUUUUCCCUUGUAUGUCCACAGAAUAAAAGUAAUGUGCUAUGGUCUAAAUUUUCAUUGCAUAUCCAUGUUAGCUUACAUAGUCACGAUAUGUAUGUUUCAGUAGUUGACUUAUGUCUUUACAGUAUGUGGCCAGAACCAUACUUGUCAUCAAUGCCUGAAUGUAGACAAAGGUGACUACUCACUCACUUUUCAGUGACACAGAGUCACCAAUAGUGAAUUAUGUAGAUGCUUUGCCCCAAAUUCCUUGAAUAAAACUGGUAUUUCACUUA